AUGAACAAAAAUUUAUUUCUACUGUUGUGCAAUGAUUUGGGUGUGGCAUACGAUAUCACUCUGGAUCAUGAGCAUUUGGUUCUGUCAAAGCGUCCGCUGGCACAUGCAAUUGUGAAAAGUGGCCGAUUUUGUGAACGUCUGUCGGCAGAUUUGGGUCUGCGACUGGAAAUCUACCGCCAUCUGCAGAUAGCUCGAAGUCCUAAUGAGUUCUUCCAGCACGUGCGCAAUUUUGCAGUUGAAGACUUGAAGUGUGCCAGAAAUGAACGCGAUAUCGCAUGUGUAAGUUGCUGGAAAUUCUCGAUGUGUUAUACGUUAAUCGGGAUUUCCUUGCUUCAAAAGAACGUGAACUUGCCGCAAUUGUUCUACGUGGAAUUAGCAGAAGAUUGGCGAAUGCCUGAUACAAUAGCAGCAGCUUACCGUCUUCUUGCAUUCGUUUCUGAGGAACGAGCGGUUACAACAGAUGAAAUGGAGUGGAUCAAGUCGUGUGUUAACGCUGAGGAGGAGCUGCCGAAACGAAUCGCUUUGGAAGUAGGAGCCUACUAUCUGAAGCGUGGAAGCGAUGACCAACUGAUUGCUGUUUUGGCUUCUUUCCUUCAAGAUGAUGCUCUGCACAUACGAGAAGAGGCUUCAUCGUUAUUAUCGAGACAUAUAUUGAAGAGCAACAUAGUGCUCAAUCCUGGUGUGUGCUAUCGCUUAAUUAUCGAGAAUGAGCGUUAUGCUAAAAAUGAGGUCACAGAACGGCAACCAAAUGUGCUGAACGAGUCUGCUGAGGUUCUUUUUGAUGCUUGCUCAACAAAUCCUUAUGCUGAAACACGUACUUUUGGUGAAUUUGAUGAGGUAAAGUCGAUGAUCGCCGAAUUGAAAGAGAUUUAG